UGCUGCCAGCCCUCCCUUGCCCCCUUUCCAUUGAGGAAGAAGAAUACAUGGCGGUUCCAAAAAUGGAUGAGAUGUGUGGGCGAGGCCUAAUAAGGCAGGACCACAAGUGAGGUGGCGAGGGGGGAAAGAAACGUCUCUAUUCAACUUUUGCACAGACACUUUUGCAGGACAGAGAAGGAGACAAGAUGAUGGACGUGCUGGCAGUCUCCAUGGUACUUUUGAUUGGGAUAACAAUCCAUGCUGUGCAUGCGGAAGAGCUGGUUGACUACACCCCUCAUCUCACUUCUGAGGAAAUGGCAGGGAAGAUCACAACUUCCACUUUUGUCCUACAGCAACCAAAUUGUGUUUUCAAGGAGGUUGCCAGUCCCACGGAUCAGAUCUGGCUGGUUGUGGGUCUUAGUGAAGCUGUACAGAGUUUCAAAAAUCUCCCAUCGCUCAAGAAUCUGACUUACCAAUCUUUUGCCACGAAUGAUUUUUACAUGACUUUGAAUGUCACAAUGUCAAGCUAUUCCUGUCCAGAAAACCCCAAUGAGAUUGCCGUCCUGCGCGUGGGGGCAGAAACUACGUGCGUUACGGAUCUUUGGCGGCCAUAUUGUAAUGGUCCUCUCCCAGGUCCCGGACCAUACAGGGUCAGGUUCCUGGCAAUGAAUUCAACAAGCAUCAAAGCGGAAUCAAAAUGGUCUGAUCCCAUCACACUGAUUCAAGGGAAAAGUCAUGACAGAAUUGAUGUCAAGCCCAGACGGCGGAGAAUUGGAACGACCAUCAUUGCUACCAUCCUCUCCAUCCUCUCUGCUAUUCUCCUGGCUGCUCUCAUUGCCACCUUCAUCUAUAAAUAUUCCAACAUUUGUGACAAACAGAUGUCUACCAAUUUUCCAGGAAUGCAGGAUCCAACCAUAGUACGCUACACCUCUCAUCAAAUACUAGAUCAGUUGUCCAACAACUCAUGAGCUCCUAUGUUGCUGAGGCUCAG